AUGCCGGGCAAGGGCGAGGAGGCGGGCCCCUCCUCCGUGCAGCAGUUGGCGACGGGCUUUCGCCCACUCUCCAGGGUUGCCUACCAGGGGGCACCUGGUGCAUACUCGGAGAUGGCAGCCCUGAAGGCCCUGCCGAACUGGGAGCCCAUGCCAUGUGAACAGUUCGAAGUCGCUUUCCAAGCGCUGUCUCAGUGGCUGGCUGAGAGAGCCGUGCUUCCGGUGGAAAACUCCCUUGGCGGUUCCAUUCACGACGUCUAUGACCUCCUUCUCCGAUACCGCCUUCACAUUGUGGGGGAAGUCUCCAUUGUGGUCAACCACUGUCUCCUGGCGCUGCCCGGCGUCUCCAAGACCGACAUCAAACGUGUGAUGAGUCAUCCCCAGGCCCUGGCGCAAACCGAUGGCUACACCAGGAAGCUUGGAGUGGUACGUGAGGCUGUGGACGACACAGCAGGGGCCGCCAAGCUCAUCUCAGAGAAGGGAUGGAGGGACGUGGCGGCGGUGGCUUCCCGUCGUGCCGGGGAGCUGUAUGGCCUGAGUGUGCUGGAGGACGGCAUCCAGGACCAGUGCGACAAUGUCACCCGCUUCAUUGUGCUGAGCCGGGACCCGCAGGUGGCGGCCCAGCCCAACGACACACGCCCCUACAAGACCAGCAUAGUGUUCACGCUCCAUGCGGGCCCGGGCAUGCUGUUCAAGGCGCUGUCGGUGUUUGCCCUGCGCGACAUCGACCUGACCAAGAUCGAGUCCCGGCCGAUGCGCGAGAACCCGCUGGUCCUGUCCAUGGACUACGACGACUCCUCCAUGCGCACCUUCAACUACAUGUUCUACAUCGACUUCGUGGGGUCCCUGGCGGAGCCCAAGGUCCAGAAUGCCCUCAGGCACAUGGAGGAGAUUUCACCCUUCCUAAGGAUCCUGGGCAGCUACCCGAGGGAUGUUGACCUGUGA